AUGAGUCCCGUAACCCUAUAUGAUCUCCCCAGCAAAGGCCGCAAUGCCUGCUGGUCACUCAAUCCGUGGAAGACUCGGCUGGCUCUGAACUACAAGGGCAUCGACUACAAGACCGACUGGCUGGAGUAUCCCGACGUUGCACCUACGCUCAAAGCCGCUGGCUUUGAGCCGAACGACUCGGAACAGUCUUUCCCGUUCACAAUACCGGCGAUCCGGUUCCCCGACGGCGCGCAUGCCAUGGAGAGCGCAAAAAUAGUUCAAGAGCUGGAAAAGCGAUACCCUGAGCCAUCAUUACAUCUUGACUCCAAAUACUUUCCUCUGAUCCGGAGCUUGAUUUCGGAGACGAGCUCGGCCUUUACACCUGUCAUUUUAGCGCCCAUUCCUCGCUUGAUUCUGAGCGAAAAGGGGGCGGAGUACUUCAACAAUACCCGCUCUAAGAUGUUUGGAAUGACGUUGGAUCAAUUGGAGGCGGAGAGAGGCGGCGAGCAGGCCUGGACCGAUGGUUUGGAAAAUUUGGCGAAGGUUGCAGCUCUCCUCAAGGAGGAAGAAGGCCCAUACUUCAUGGGACACACAGUUUCAUACGCGGACUUAAUCGUCGUUGCGUUCUUGCAGUUCGCGAAAAGAUUAGAGGGAGGCAUCUUUGAUCGCAUUGUUCAGUUUGACAGUGUAUUCAGUGUUCUCUACAAUGCAUACCACAUGCUGGUCAUCGAAUGGACGUCAAAAGAAGGUUGGGGCGAUCCCAGAAUCAUCCCAUACCAGGAGCUGCGCCUCGACCCUGCCGUAUGUGCUUUACAGUAUGCCUCUUCAUGCUUUGAAGGCAUGAAAGCGUACAAGGACAGGGACGGGGGGCUACGUUUGUUCCGCCCAGAGAAGAACAUGGCCCGGCUCAACAGCUCAUCCGCCCGGCUCGCAUUGCCCACAUUCGACAGCAAUGCCGUCAUUGCCCUCAUUUCAGAGCUCUGCAACCUCGAGAGCCGGUUUGUACCGAGCGAGCGUGGGUACAGCCUGUAUCUACGCCCGACCAUCAUCGGUACGGAAUCGGGCUUGGGUGUCGGUCCUCCCAGUUCGGCGCUCUUGUAUGUCAUCGCCUCUCCAUCCGGGCCGUUCUGGGCGACAGGAUUCAAAGCCAUCCAGCUGGAAGCCACGGACUCCGUGCGCGCCUGGCCUGGAGGCGUCGGCGACAAGAAGGUGGGAGCCAACUAUGCUCCCUGCGUCCUGCCACAGCGAGAAGCUGCCCUGAACGGAAGUCAGCAGAACCUGUGGCUCUUUGGCGAAGAGGAGUUUCUCACCGAGGUGGGAAGUAUGAAUCUGUUCAUGGCGAUGAAGGACAAGGACAGCGGGCGGAAGCAGCUGAUCACCGCGCCGCUUGAUGGCACUAUCCUCGAGGGAGUGACCCGGGACUCUGUAUUGACUCUUGCCAGGGAGCGACUGAAGAACUGGGAUGUCAUCGAGCGGAAACUCACCAUGGGUGAGCUUGCUGAGGCCGCAGACGAAGGCAGACUCCUCGAAGUCUUCGGAAGCGGGACGGCCGUGAUCAUCAGUCCGGUGCGUAGCAUUUUCUGGAAGCGCACCCAGCGCUUUAUUCCUUGUGGGUUACCGGAGGACGAGGAGUCAGGCCCGGUCGCCAAAGAAAUGUUCGAUUGGAUCUUGAGCAUCCAGCACGGCGACGAGGAGCACCCUUGGAGGUAG